CAGGCACCACGCGAUCCGAAACACGGACUCCUCCUGGCAUCAUAGAGAACGAAGAAAGGAUAGAAUGCCUCUUUGUAAUCUCUAUGGUGAUAUUGAAGGAAAUGACGCGAGAUUGAGAGCGCCUGCUGAAAGUCACUGGCAAAGUCGGUGUGUGUCCUGGCACUGUGCUUGUGUAUGGGAGAUUACAGAGGAGACCAUCGGAGUGAGUAUAAAUAAUGACUUCCGCCAAGCGUCUUGCAGAUAUUGGGUACAAGAUGUUUUCUGGCUCCAUGAUGCUGCUGACACUCUAUGGAGGAUAUCUGUGUAGUCUCCGGGCGUAUCGGUAUUUCCAGCGUAGGGAGCAACUGCAAGAGGCGGCAAAGAACCAAACAGACUGAAAGACUUAUCCAUCCUCUAAAGGAGGCAAUUGUACAUAACUGGCAAUGUGACCACCAUACAUUGUCUCAUGCAGAAAGGCAAAGUUUACAAGUCCCAACUUUCACAUCAUUGGGCCCUAACGUAACUUUUCAUGUGAACUUUUUCCUCCCCUACAAAUAAAUUUCAGUAACCACUGUCCUACUCAAAGGUUCCUCUUUCAGCGGCCAUGGAAUCAGGUGUUAAGUCACUGAGUCAAUGGGCACACUGUAGGAUUCGCAUGAAUUAAAGUGCCAUCUCAUUAUGGGCAUUUACGGAAUACAGUUACUUGUAUUCCCCCUGACAAUGUCUGUUCUUAGAACCUGUCUGUGAGGAGGUGAUGAUAUAUUUGAUGCCAUUGGUCAAGAACCAGUCAGUUUUUAGAUUAGGUACACCGUCUUGGGGACAAGCAAGUGAUAACUUACCACGGUGCAGGUAUCCUCUUAACUGCGGAUACUAAUCAGCAUUUCAGGGCUUUAGUGCAGUCCUCCGUUCUCUGCAUAUUGCUGCUGCUGCAUCAAAACUACAUCCUAGUCACUGCUGCCCUGAUGUACGAGCGACAGGCCAGUCAUCUGCACAUCUGAACAUGAUGGCUAAAGGCUGCUGGAUGAUUACAGUAUGAUCGGUCUAGCUCUGGCUACUUGGGGCCCUGACCCAAUAUUUGCAACCAUCAUGGCACAAUUACAGAAUACAUUGACAACUGAACAUUUGAUGUUUGGGAGUCUUCUUGGGCCUAUAAUACUGAUAACUAGGUUUGGAAAUGAGCUUGCUGGCUGGCCUGUAUCCUCAUCUUUAAUAGACUAACAAGUUCCAGAGCCAUUUCCCAGUGGAACAAAUGUCACAUAUGGUAAUGUCAAGAGAAAUAUUCGGAACUCUUCCAAUGCAGCAUUUUAAAAGAUAACGUGCUAUUGGGUGACUGGGAACACGCUGAGCACAGUAUGCCAGUACUUAAGGCAGCCUGUAGAACAUGCAUUUAUAUUAUUUAAAAAUAAAUACAUAUGACAUAAUUAAAAUCUGGUAACAUUUGUUCAUAAAGAUAAUUAGAUGUUAACAUGCAUAGUUUGGCCUUUAUAUUCAUAUUGCAGCAAGUUAGCGCCAUUAUGUGGAGCUACGGGCUACUAAGGCCAGGUGACCUGAAGUUAGGAUUAGGAAUGAGUCUUUCACUCGUGUAUAUGUUUGGGGCGUUAGCAGUACUGGAGAAGAUCUGCAAUAUGUACAGGUCCGCAUUGAAGUAUGAGAAAUAAAAGCAGACUCUGCAGGCAGUCAGCGUUGUUGAUAGUCAAGUUGGAGUCUAGCUUCUUAUCCGGUGUGGAUUGUUUUGUUUCUCAGCUGUAAGUGUGGAAUGUAGAGAGUGACUGAACCCUUAUACUGAGUGUAUCGGGACAGAACAUUUUGAAGUUGCAUUAAAAAUCUUUCAAAUCACUUGCUGUUGGCAUCGUUUCCACUGUUCUGUAUGGAGAUGCCAGUGGUGGAUAAGUAUUUGGAGUGUAUAACAAAAGGGGGCAUUACAUAUGUUCUGGUGCAAAUUAUUGUAAUCAAAUUAAACAUUUCGGAAGCACA